AUGUCGACUGACAAAGCCAGAGAAACUCAUGUUUACACCGCGAAGUUAUCCGAACAAGCGGAACGUUACGAAGAGAUGGUUGAAAGUAUGAAAAGUGUUGCAAAACUUGAUGUUGACCUUACUGUUGAAGAACGAAACCUACUUUCAGUAGGGUAUAAGAAUGUCAUUGGUGCAAGGAGGGCCUCUUGGCGUAUUAUGUCGUCAAUUGAGCAAAAGGAGGAAUCAAAAGGAAAUGAGAACUAUGUCAAUCUAAUCAAAGGAUACCGCCGGAAGGUUGAAGAGGAGCUUGCUAAGAUUUGCAACGACAUUCUCACAAUCAUAGAUAAGCAUCUUUUACCUUCUUCAGGAUCAGGAGAAGCUACUGUUUUCUACCACAAGAUGAAAGGUGACUACUACAGGUACCUUGCGGAGUUCAAGACAGAUGAGGAUAGAAAGGAAGCCGCUGACCAAUCAUUGAAGGGAUAUGAGGCUGCUUCUGCGGGUGCCAGUACAGAACUCCCUUCGACGCACCCAAUCCGUCUUGGUCUGGCUCUCAACUUCUCAGUUUUUUACUAUGAAAUUAUGAACUCUCCUGAGAGGGCCUGCCAUUUGGCUAAACAAGCUUUUGAUGAGGCAAUUGCUGAGUUGGACACCUUGAGCGAAGAAUCAUACAAAGACAGCACCUUGAUCAUGCAGCUACUGCGAGACAACCUCACGCUCUGGACCUCUGAUUUGCCCGAGGAAGGAGGUGAUGAUAAGUUAAAAAAUGAAGAAGGCAAAGCAGCUGAACAAGAGAAGCAGUAAUGGAGGGAAACAAAAGAUUCAGGAUCUUUUCUUUUAGGAAAAAGACCAUCUUUAAUUAAUUAUCCAGAUUCUGGUUUUUUGUUCAUCUUGACAGUUUCUACUUCUAACCCCCUGGGCUUUUGUUGUAUCAAAUUGGAACUUUUAUCCUUGAAU